CGUGAUUUUUCCUUUCUUGCCUCUGUUUCCCUUUUCAGUUUUCUCCAUUCGUUUGCAAAAAGGUAUGAAUUCUUUCAUGCAUCCAUCCAUCCAUCCAUCCAUCCAUUUAAAUCAUUUACUAUUAUCUCCUUGUUUUUAAUGCUAAAUACAACAAUAUCAAUUUUACAAUAUAUAUUCACCCCACGUCAUUCAUAAAUAUAUACAACGUAUUCAACGAUAGACGAAUUAACAUGCUUUUCUUUUUUUUUUCAUAUAUAUAUCAUUGAUUGAUGAAUAAUAGUUUGUUUUUUUUUUUAUCAUGCAAAUUUUUGUCAAGACUCUUACUGGCAAGACCAUCACUCUUGAAGUGGAAAGACGACAACAAAGAUCUUUAUGGACACGAGUGAGUAGUGGAAAUUCAACAUUGAAAUCAUGUAUAGAUGAUUGUUUCACACAACAACAACAACAACAACAACAACAACAACCGAGUAUUUGUUUUGCCUUGUUUUCCAAAUCAUUUGCCAGUCAAGAAUACAAUGAUGCUAUCAAAUAUCUCAAUAAACAAUUCCCCAAAACAACAAGUGUCAUGGGUUGUGUGGUAGAUCGUACUGCUAGUGAUCAUCCUCAAGGUCAUGGCAUUAGUCUUUUGUUCGGAUACAAUGAACAUAUUCAACCAUUCCAAGUACAGGAUUCACCACAACGACAUAAAGCACGCAGUAUCUCUGUAGGACGAUGGGGUCAAGUCUAUGAUUUCGAUCGGUUCAAAUAUCAAGACAAUAGUUUGGAUACCAUGGGAUGGUUAUCAUUCGACACGAUCAGUCAACCACCUCAACAGCAUGUGGAUGUUUUUUUAGCUGGAUCUCAACCACCUUCAUUUAUAUUGAUGGCAAGUGAUCAUGAACCUGAUCAAGUUUUGACAUCGUUGGAUACCACGUACCCUGACACUCCUAAAUAUGGCAUUCUUGGUGCAUCCACUCCUUUUUUGACCGGUUCACCUUAUACCAUGUUUUAUCAAGAUCGUAUCAUGGAAGCAGGGAUGAUUGGUUUUGCCUCUUAUUCUUCUUCUUCUUCUUCUUCUUCUUCUUUGGUUCAUUAUCCUUGUUUGGAACCUUUGGGUUCUUCUUUACAAAUCACUCGAGCACGUGGCAAUAUUAUUUUGGAUUUGGAUGAUCAAGGUGCCACUCGAUUAUUAUUACAAUUGAUCAAUCAAGUCAAUGUUUCCAAAGAUGAAGCUUUUUAUUUGGGUAUCUAUCAAGAUGAUGAAAAUAUGACGGUGGCUCGUAUCACAAGUGGUGAUCCAGGACGUGGUAAUAUGGCCGUCGAUACAACUUUGGAUUUACAACAAGGUCAACGUGUACAAUUCAUGAAAACCAAUAAAUCUCACUUGACUCCUCAACAACUUUUAACUGGUACUCAAGAUCAUACUAUGGUAUUUGGUGUAGUGGAUUUGGAUCAUACUAUCGAUACAGUCAUGCCAUUGAAAGAAUCUAUGACAACAACAACAACAACAAAUACAUUUGGUGCUACCAGUGAAAAUGGGAUGAUUGUGGGAAAUCCUGGCAGGCCAAGUCAAUUACAUCAAGUUCCUUUUUCCUUUGCCACUAUAGAUCAUAUUUGAUGAAUUAGAAUAAACAUAGAUAAGAUA